ACACAAUGCUUAAAAUUAGCCAGCUAGUUAUUUUGUGUAUGAUAUUAAUUUUUAGUAUAAAAAUAAUUGAUACAACUAAUACUACUACUACUACUACAAUUGACCUGGACAGCCGUAUUAUAGGUGGUUCCACUGUUAACAAUAUAGAUGACUUUCCCUAUCAGGUUUCAUUAAGGGACAGUACUAAUCAACUAUACUGUGGCGGAUCUAUUAUUGGCCGCCAAUGGAUACUAACGGCCGCACAUUGUUUACACAAUCGUAACACUUACGGCAAUAGGGUAGUAAUGGGCACCAAAUCAUUAGAUACCGAUGGUGUCUACUAUGGGAUCAGUCGGGUCUAUCUACACGAACAGUACGAUCGACGUACACAUGUUAACGAUAUUGCAGUCAUAUGGUUGGACAGACCCAUCCAGUUUAGUAGUAAGAUUAAAAUGGUUCGGUUGGCCGAUCAGCCGGUGCCCGAUAAGACGACUGCCUGGCUAACCGGUUGGGGCCAAUCGUCGGUUAAUUCCCGGCGAGUAUCGCCAGUGUUGCAAAAACUGGUAGUCCAGGCACUGGUACCCGAAACGUGCAAACAAUUGCAUAUACAGCAGACCAAGGUUUUAAUUGAUAGCAAACAUAUUUGCGCAUACAGUCCAAAUGGACAGGGAGCUUGUUCGGGCGACUCCGGUGGACCAUUGGUUGCACAGUUUAAUCGCAAACAAAUAGGUAUAGUCUCCUGGGGUUUAAGUACCUGCGGUACAAAAGUACCCGAAGUUUUUGCCAGUGUUGCCGCUUAUCGCUCAUGGAUUAAAGGAAAAACAGGGAAUACUACUAAUACUAGUAGUAGUCCUAUAAUCGACCUGGACAGUCGUAUUAUAGGUGGUUCCCCUGUUAAAAAUAUAGCCGAUUUUCCCUAUCAGGUAUCGAUACGUGAGAGUGACAAUCGGCUAUACUGUGGCGGAUCUAUUAUCGGUUCCCAAUGGAUACUAACGGCCGCACAUUGUCUACGAAAUCGUAACAUUCACGACAAUAAAGUAGUAGUGGGAACCGUAUCAUUAGUUUCUGAUGGCAUCAGGUAUGGGAUCAGUCGGGUCUAUCUACACGAACAUUACGAUCAUCGGACACAUGAUAACGAUAUUGCAGUCAUACGAUUGGACAGACCCGUCUGGUUCAGUAGUCAGAUUAAAAUGGUUCGGUUAGCUGACCGGCCAGUGUCCGAUCGGACGCCUGCCUGGCUAACCGGUUGGGGCCGAACAUCAGCUAAACAGUUGCCACUAGUGUUACACAAACUGGAUGUCCAGGCACUGGUAGCCAAGUCGUGUAAACCAUUGCACACACCCGAUAAUAGUAAAGAUAUUAAUAGUCAUAAUAUUUGCGCCUACAGUCCAAAUGGACAUGGAGCCUGCUCAGGUGACUCCGGUGGACCAUUGGUUGCAAAGUUUAAUCGCAAACAAAUAGGUAUUGUCUCAUGGGGUUUACUUAACUGUGGUACAAUUGUCCCUGAUGUUUUUACCAGUGUUGCCGCUUAUCGCUCAUGGAUUAAAGGAAAAACAGGGAUCUAA